GUCUGGCAGAUUGUAUCUCUCUGGAAAGGAAGGGGUUGAAAGGGUCUCCUCCCGCCCCAGAGGGUACGAUAAGAACAUCUAAAGUUAUUCUGUGUGCAGAGAGGUCUCAUGAGUGAGUGGGUCUCGUGCAGCCGCCAUCUGCCUUGUGUCUCGUCUGCCCAGCCUUACGUCCGGCAAAGGGAUGAAUUUUGCCGUAGGAUUUAAGUCUUUGGGGGGGGACACUCAGACUAUGGACAACCUGGAGAAGCAACUGAUCUGCCCCAUCUGCUUGGAGAUGUUUACCAAGCCUGUGGUGAUCCUGCCCUGCCAGCAUAACCUGUGCCGCAAGUGUGCCAAUGACAUAUUCCAGGCUUCAAAUCCCCUCUGGCAGUCCCGCGGUUCCAGCACUGUAUCUUCAGGAGGACGAUUCCGGUGCCCUUCAUGCCGACAUGAGGUUGUCCUCGAUAGACAUGGAGUGUACGGGCUGCAAAGGAAUCUACUGGUGGAAAAUAUCAUAGAUAUCUACAAGCAGGAGUCUAGUAGACCUCUUAACACCAAAACAGAGCAGCACUUAAUGUGUGAGGAGCACGAGGAUGAGAAGAUUAACAUCUACUGCCUGACGUGUGAGACCCCGACCUGCUCCAUGUGUAAAGUGUUUGGGGCCCACAAAGACUGUGAGGUGGCCCCACUCUCAAGCAUCUACAAGAGACAGAAGAGCGACAUCAGUGACGGCAUCGCCAUAAUGGUGGCCGGGAAUGACCGUAUCCAGGCGAUCAUUACACAGAUGGAGGAGAUCUGCAAAAGCGUCGAAGACAGCAGCCGCCGGCAGAAGCAGCUCCUCAGUCAGCGCUUUGACUCCUUAUACAACAUCUUGGAGGAGAGGAAGAAGGAGCUUCUGCAGAUGAUCACCCGAGAGCAGGAGGAGAAGCUGCAGUACGUCAGGGGUCUGAUCCGCCAACAUGGAGACCACCUGGAGGUCACAUCUAAACUAGUAGAGACAGCCAUACAGUCUAUGGAUGAACCACAGAUGGCACAGUUCCUGCAGCACGCAAAGGAACUGAUCAAGAAGAUCACAGAUAUGUCCAAGGUUUCCACGAUAGACCGUCCAGACCCUGGCUAUGAGAACAUGGAUCACUUCUGUGUUAAUGUGGAUCUUGUGUCCGAGAUGCUUAGGACCAUCGAUUUCCACCCCGCUGCUCAGGGGGAUGAAGAAGAAGAGAUAUUUGAUGUGGACGAGGUGGAAACUGAAGAGGAGAGGCCGGUAUCUACAGAGGACUCUGGUCCCAGCAGGCAGAAGACAGCGACCCCUCAGCAUGGCGGGGUGUAGGGUGUCGGGGGUGACCGUGGAGAAUUCUGUAAUAACAUUAUAAUAGAGUGAAAUAAAUCUCAGAACCUGUGA